AUGACCGCUGACAUCAAGCAAAGGUCUACCACUGUUACCAAGGAUGCGAAGGUUGCAUCUAAGGACGAGUUUGCGGAUGCCAAUAUCCCCGAUGACUACGUCUCUCGAGUGCUCGCCACCGAGAAGCCUCUUCCUCCUGUCACAAUCAAGAACAUUCUGAGCGAGAUCCAGUGGGUCUCGUUCUUGGCUCUUACCAUCACCCCUCUUCUUGCCAUCUACGGUCUCUUCACCACUAGUUGGAACAGCUACACCGCUGCUUGGGCCUUCGUAUAUUACUUCCUCACUGGUCUCGGUAUCACUGCUGGCUACCACCGACUUUGGGCUCACCGCGCCUAUAACGCUUCGUCUCCUCUUCAGUAUUUCCUCGCAUGCAUGGGUUCCGGUGCCGUUCAGGGCUCCAUCCACUGGUGGGCUCGUGGACACCGUGCUCACCAUCGCUACACCGACACCGAUCUUGACCCCUAUGGAGCUCAUUUCGGCCUUUUCUGGUCGCACCUCGGCUGGAUGCUCGUCAAGCCUCGCCGCAAGCCCGGUGUUGCUGACAUUUCGGAUCUUCGCAAGAACCCAGUGAUCAAGUUUCAGCACAAGCUCUACAUUCCCAUGCUCCUUUUCUUCGGCUUCGGCCUCCCCACCUUGGUUGCUGGUCUCGGCUGGAAUGACUGGCGCGGAGGAUUCUUCUUCGCCGGUAUGCUCCGUCUUGUUUUCGUCCACCACUCGACCUUCUGCGUCAACUCGCUCGCCCACUACCUCGGUGAGGCCACCUUCGACAACAAGAUGACUCCUCGUGACCACUUUUUCACCGCUCUUGUUACCGUCGGCGAAGGCUACCACAACUUCCACCACCAGUUCCCCAUGGACUACCGUAACGCCGUCCAGUGGUAUCAAUUCGACCCCACCAAGUGGUUCAUUGCCUCAAUGCACAAGAUCGGUCUCGCUUCGCACCUCAAGACCUUCCCUGAUAACGAGGUCAAGAAGGGUCGUCUCGCGAUGCAACUUCAGAAGGCCCACGAGUUUGGUCAGCAGCUCGAGUGGCCCAAGUCUUCGGCUCACCUUCCCGUCAUCUCGUGGGACGACUUCGUUGAGGAGUCCAAGGCUCGCCCCCUCAUCGUUGUUCACGGCUUCAUCCACGAUGUCUCUUCGUUCCUUGAUGAGCACCCUGGUGGACGUCACCUUCUUACUGGCAAGAUUGGUAAGGAUGCUACCACUGCUUUCCUCGGUGGUGUCUAUGACCACUCCAACGCUGCUCACAACUUGCUUUCCAUGAUGCGAGUCGGUGUUCUCGACGGCGGUUACCAGCUUGCCAAGGACGAGCUCGCCAAGGCCGAGCGCGAGAACCGCGCUACCGGCACUUCGGCUAACCGUCCCGCCGGUGCUCCUCCUUCGCCCGUCACCUCGGACGAUGAGGACUUCGCUGGCCCUGCCACUCCCACCGACGAGACCCCUAUGGCCGCUACCACUAAUGUCGCCGCUGCUUCUGAGCAGCUCAAGGCUCAUCAGUCGGCUGAGGGAGUCAAGUCGAUCAACGACAAGGCUGCCACCUAUGUCACUCCUGGUGAGGCUUACACCAUCGUCAAGCGCGGUGAACUGAAGGCCAACGCCAAGGUUGACGGUACCAAGUUUGGUCGUCUCCUCUAA